AUUGCAAAAUCCAUGUUAAAUUUUACUUGAUUUCUGUAAGAGCAACAGAGCAGAAACUCUAAAAAACAAACGAAACUCUGGCUGUGCACCGCGGUGUGUUGGUAGCAUCCACACACUUUCAGGAGGAAAAUGAAAAUCGGUUUCAGGACUAAAGUGAAAGUAAGGAAUUAAAAGUUAAUAUUAAAACGGAAACAAAGCCACGUUUUGUGAAGCUCACAUUAUAAUAGCAGCGCAUUGGAUCAAAGGAUGUGAUCUCACUUCAGAGUAAAACAGGUCCUGCAAGCCCAGGUAACUCAGGAAGCAGAAUGGUAAUUAUUCACAGAAGAAAGCAGGUAGUGUACUGUUACACUACUACAGCAGAAAGUCAGAAGGUCAGGCGCUCGCAGGGUAACUGACACAACUUGGAACUGUCCGGCCCCUUUAAAAAGAGAUAAAAAAUGGGAGAGAAUGAAGCAAGUUUACCUAACACAUCCUUGCAAGGUAAGAAGAUGGCCUAUCAAAAAGUCAAUGCAGAUCAAAGAGCUCCAGGGCAUUCACAGUACUUGGACAAUGAUGACCUUCAAGCCACUGCCCUUGACUUAGAGUGGGACAUGGAAAAGGAACUGGAGGAGCCUGGUUUUGACCAGUUUCACCUAGAUAGUGCAGAGAAUCAGAACCUGGAGAGUUCAGAGACUGCAGACCUCAAUCUUGAUUCCAUUCAACCAGCAACUUCACCCAAAGGCAGGUUUCAGCGACUUCAAGAAGAGUCUGACUAUGCUACCCGCUAUACAAGAUCUGCACCAAAGAGCAACCACUGCACCUUUUGCCGCCUUUUAAAAAUACUUUGUACAGCCAUCAUUUUGUUUAUUUUUGGAAUUUUGAUAGGCUAUUAUGCACAUAAAAAUUGCCCUUCAGAUGCCACAUCUUCAGGAACACUUGAUCAUCAGUUAUAUCAAGAGAUUCUCAAGACAAUCCAAGCAGAAGAUAUUAAGAAGACUUUCAG